CCUGGGUGCUUGCAUAUGCACGAAACCGCCAAACUUUCUCCAUACAUGUAGAAAAUUCCACGACUAAGAACCAAAAGCCAACCUCAUCAUCAAACUUCCGCUUUUCCCCAGUUUCUCUGGCCCAAUUCGCAACCGCCCGCUUCCCGCGAACGAUGAGCGACGAGAUCAGGCAAACUCCCGUACCCGUUCCCUUCGUUUACGGUCAGCCCGCCGCCUCGCAAUCCGCCGAUACCACAAUGUCGAACCCCAACGAACCUCUCGCGACCGUCGCCGAGGACCCGAGCUCGGGCAUGGCAGCGGCGCCUGCUCCCAGCACCGAGGCAGCAGCUUCCCCCUCGAACCCCGCUAGCGGCAGCGCUCCUCAAACCACGACCACCACGGCCGCCCCUACAACCACCACCACGGGCGGCAGCGGCAACACGCCCACACCAACCAACGCCCCGAGCCCAGCCGCCGCCACCGCACCCGGCGGCAGCGGUCGAACCGGCACGCCUCUACGCAACACCAACGGCGGCGGCGGCCAGGAGAACGCGGCGGCCACCAGCACCUCGCGCGCCGCCUCGCAGCACCCGGACGCGGGCUUCGCCAUGCCGGCCGAGGCCCCCGCCCACGGCGCCCCCGCGCGCCAGUACCUGAACUCCAAGGUGACGGGCCCGCUGCUCGACGGCAUGAAGAAGCUCGUCCAGGAGAAGCCCAAGGACCCUCUUCGCGUCCUCGGCGAGUACUUGAUCCAGCGAUCCAAGGAGCUCGAGACGACGUCGACGUGAAGGGUUGGAAGGCAAGCAUCAGCACGGAGUUACGGUUCUAAGGGAAAAGUUAUUUGUCGUUGCUAGAUUCUGCAUGGCACCAUGGAUUUGGCCAUUGAAGGAUGAUACCACAUUGCAUUAGGAACCUUGUUUGCUUUUGAUACGGAGGCUUGAUGUGGAGGAGGUUAAUUGAGUGAGCAAGUCAAAUUCUAAGAAGAGCAUUGCAGUCUAUUAGGACAAGGCAGUCACAAUACUAUUCUUCACGAAGAC